UGAAUGAAUAAACACAAAUCUCCUUCUUCUCUCUCUAUAUUCUCUGGUUAUUCUCUCGGAUUUAUUCCCUGGAAUAUCAAUUGNGGAUGAGUUGGAAUCCUAACCAAUUCUGUUGAAGAUUCUGUUUCAAUUCUUCUUCUCUUAAUGUUGUAUAUAAACCCCUGCAUCUUGUAAUAGCUGGACAUGAAUGAAUAAACACAAAUCUCCUUCUUCUCUCUCUAUAUUCUCUGGUUAUUCUCUCGGAUUUAUUCCCUGGAAUAUCAAUUGAUUCUUCGAAGUUUAUGCUUCCUGGAAUCUGCAUUUUUUGUGCAUCAUAGUGGUAUCAGAGCUGAUCGGUCCUUGGAUCUUGAAAAUGACGAGAAAUCGGAAUUCAGAGCCGGUUAAUGAAGAAGCAGAAGAUAAAUUUGCAGCAAUCCAAACUCAAUUGCAGAAAUUGAUGGAAGGAAUGACCAUUAUCAAUGAUCGCAGCUCCAAAACGGAUCAAGAGUUGGGCAAAUUGAAGGAAAUCCUGAGGACUAUGGAACCGAGGGAUAAGGACAGGGAGGAAGAGUCUUCACACGGGAACAAGCGAUCUGAAGGUUCUUACCAUCCUACAUCUUCUGAUAACACUCUUACUCGCUUUUCCAGACUUGAUUUCCCCAAAUUUUCCGAUUCCGAUCUCAGAACUUGGUUGUAUAAAGUGGAGCAAAUCUUUGCAAUGGAUGAAAUUCCGUCUGAACAGAAAGUUAAAAUUGCCUCCAUCCAUUUGGAAGGGGAAGCCAUUGCUUGGCAUAGAUCUUACAUAAGGAAUGUUAAUAUGGCUAAUCAGAGUUGGACAGAAUAUGUUCUAGCUCUUAAUGAAAGAUUUGGUGAAGCCUUUGAAGAUCCUAUGGAGGAACUUAAGAACCUGACCCAAACAGGUAGUGUUAGGGAAUAUCAGGCUGCUUUUGAUAAACUCAUGACUAUUGUGAAUUUGACAAAUGAGAAUGCAAUUAGUUGUUUUAUUGGAGGCUUGAAAACUGAGUUAAAUAAGGCAGUAAGGAUGCAUUCUCCGAAGACACUUAUGCAGGCUUAUAAGAUUGCAAAGUUACAGGAGGAAGUAUUCUGUGCACAAGCAAGAUCAUGGGGUCUGAAAAAUGAUUAAGGACUCUUGGAGGAGUGAUACUACUCUGCAGGAAAUCAUUACCAAGUUACAGGAGCAACCUUAUAAGUCCUUUACUUGGAUUAAUGAACAGUUGAGAUGGAA